GAAGAUCAACUCAACUUAUCGCCAAAUAGGUAUUUAACAAUUAAACAAUUAAUGACUUGUUAUUCAAAAUGUCAUUUGUAGGAGUUCUAGACUCCAGCAUAUAUGCUAUAGUAUGGUCUAAAUGUAUAAUGUCAUUAACAGCUAUGUCUGAACAUAUAAAAUUUGUUAUAUCAGAUCAAUCAUUAUCAAUAUCAGCUGUGAAUAGUGCAAAAACUUCAUUUGGUGGGAUUUCAUUUGAUAGAGAAUUCUUUAAUGAAUAUUCUGUUGAUUUCGAUGGAAUAAUGAGGGAUGGUUAUGAAUCAGAUGAAGAAGAUGAAGAUAAUCGAGGGUUUUAUUCAUUUAUUAUCAGUUCCAAACAUUUAGCUACAUUAUUCAGAAAUAUUGAUGCUAAAGAUUUAGAUUAUAUCUGCUUUAAGAUUUACUGGUCUAAGCUGGCUCCUGUUACCAUGCAAUUCAAAUUUCUAAUAGAAAUUAAAAUGAAAACAUUAAUAGUUAAAAAGUAUCAAACGAAUUAUCAACCUGUUUAUAGAACUCCAGUAACAAUUUCUUCAAUUUAUAAGAAAGAAUUACUUGAUAAUAACAUUCAGAUAGAUCUGAAGGAUCGAAUAAAGCAAAUGAUGAUUGCUCAAAUUAUUCCUAAACAAUUUCUUGAUAUGGUUCCUGCUACAACAGAAGAUUUUAAAAUUGAAAUUAAACCAGAUAAAACUCUGUUUACAGCUUAUACUAAGCAAGUAUUAAAAGAUAGAGAUUAUUUACGACAGCCAAUGUCGGUUUCAAUAUCAUUAUCUCCAGAAGAAUUUCCAAACAGUAAUUUAUCUGAAGUUUUUGAAAAUGAGAAUGAUUACCAAUUCUCUAUAAAUUUUAGAUUAAGAGACUUUAGGAAUUUUUUAACAUUAAUAACUUAUGUAAGUACUUCGAUUGAUGCCAACAUAACGACUGAUGAUUAUGUUAAUCUCGAAACAAAUGAUAUUUUUGAAAUAAGUUUUAAAAAUCCUGGUGAUCCUAUAAUAUUUGAAUUACAGAAUAUUCCAAAUAUAUCAAUCAGAUUUAUUCAAAUUACAACAGAAGAGAAUAAUGGCGAUCAACCUAAUGCACAAGCAAAAGUAACUACUACCAAUAACUCCUUAAAAUUGCAUUCACAUGUUCUUCAUAAAUUAAUAAAUAAUAGGGCUGUUAGUAGAUCAGCUAGUGCUCCUUCACUGCAAAGAAACAAUGAUCUUAUGUCGACGACUAACAAAAUCAUUUCACAUACUUCUAAAGAGGUAAGAGGUAAACUAAAUCAUUCCAAAUCAUCAAAAACAAGUUCAGAGGUUUUUACAAAUAAUCAACAAGUGCGAAGCUUCAGUCCAUCAAUUUCAACUGAGUUUGAUGUUGAUGUUAUUACUUACGGUGAUGAAAGUCAAGGAUUAGAACCUAUAGCGAAGAAACAAAAGGUCUGCAUUAAAUCUCUGAAAAGGCCCGAAAAGAGAAUGUUAAUUAAUCCCAAUGCUGAAACAGACUACUCGGACUCUGAAGAUGAGACUGAAAAUCCUGGUCCAGAUAACGUUUCCUUUGGUCCUACCCAACUUCAGCGUCCAAAAUCAAUCUUUGAUCAAUAAAUACUAUUUAUUCCUAUGUAUAUUAAA